GCGGGGCCGCCAGCCCCUCCCCCGCGCCGGGGCCCCCGGCAUGUCCUGAGCGGGGCCGGCUCGGCGCGGAGCCCCCACCACGGAGGGGGCGGUGGAGCAGCGGGCCAAGGGCCGGGCCCCCAUGAAGGAGAAGGAGCCGCCGGCGGAGCGGGGCAAGCCCGCCACCUACACCGGGGACAAGAAGGCGCGGAUGGCGGCCAAGACCAACAAGAAGUGGGUGCGCCUGGCCACGGUGCUGGCCUACGUGCUCUCCGUCUCGCUGGCUGCCAUCGUGCUCGCCGUCUACUACAGCCUCAUCUGGCAGCCGGUGCGCCAGCCGACAGGGCCCAGCACCCCCGGCCGGACGACGCACGGGCCCCACACGGAGCGGCACGGGGGAGCCAGCCCCACGGAGCCGCUUACGCGGCCGGGUUCCGGCCAAGGGGCGGCCGGGACUGAGCGCGCUGCCACCUCGACAACGUCGCCGCCGAGGAGCGAGCCCGGCCCAGCCCCCGACCCCACGGUGCUGCAGCGGGUGCAUCGGAGCCACUGAUCGCGGGGAAGCGGGGGCCGAGCUCGGGACAUGGCGCAGCCCAGAGACCCCACCCGGACAGGGGCACGGCGGCUCCCUCGGCAAGCUACUGCCCUCCACCGACCCUGACUCGGCUUCGCCUCCGCCCGGAGGCCACGGGACCAUCGCCCCUCGCUCCGGCGUCUGCUCCUUGCGGACGGUGGCGCGGACACGCAGCUAGAUGCUCUGUUUGCCCGUCCAUCGGUUUGCGCUGGACUCGGGCAGAGCGAAUUGUAAUUAUUAGUUUUAAUACGGUGUAAACGGUACUGGGAAGCCACAGAGAGUGGAGCUCAGGAGAUGCUUAGAUAAUCCCACCGAGUUGCAGUCUUGCCCCAGUUGAGAACAAGAUGACUGCAGUGGUGUCAUGUCCAGUGUGCAGAAGAAGAAGGUAUGCUUAUUCAGAAGGUAUAUAGAGCUGAGGUUGAAGAAAGCAGAGCAUGAGGCCAACGCUGAAUGAGGUUGUAAGAUGCAAUUUUGAGGCAUCUAAAAAGCCUAAAUCCACCCUUACGGAUGCUUGCUGCAGGAAGAAGACUUGCAAGGGACCAUUCAAGAUGAAAGUCCAUUCUGUGCACUACCAUAGCUACAGCAUAGCCAUCUGACUUUGCUGCUGUUGGUUACUGAUGGGCCUGCAAUACUAAUACAGCUGUAGAGAUUAAAGCUUUAUUUUAGUCUUCCUCUUGUUUUAAGAACCUAACUAUCAACUUUGUUCUGAUCAAAGAAUGUUUUAUUGCUGUUUGGAACAGAGAACAUUUUUUUUUUUUUAUUGUAUCAAGUCUAGCUUGAUGCUGAAAGAUGCAUUUAUAAAGAGUAAAUUUGAUAUGGUGACUGCUGAGGGAGAAUAAACAAAUACAGGGCUGGCUCAAGCUUUUUUGCCACCCCAAGCA